AUGACCCUAGUUUGGGUAGCAAAUAGGGAGACACCCAUUUCAGACAUGAACUCUGCAGAACUUAAGAUUUUAGAUGGGAAUUUGGUGCUUAUGAAUGAGUCCCAGGUUUCAAUUUGGUCGACUAAUGUAAACUUGACAACCUCAAAUUCUGUAGUGGCAACUCUAGGUGACAAUGGAAAUUUAGUUUUGAGAGAUGAGUCAAAACCUAGGACAAGUGAAGGAUUUUGGCAAAGUUUUGAUAAUCCAACAGAUACGUUGUUGCCUGGUAGCAGGCUUGCCUAUGAUAAAUGUACAAAAACAAAGAAAGUUCUCACUUCUUGGAAAAACUUUGUGGAUCCUGCACCUGGGCUUUUCUCCCUUGAAUUAGAACCAAAUGGGAGUCAGGUAAUCUUAAGAUGGAAUAUGACUGAGUGGUACUGGACUAGUGGACCUUGGAAUGGGCUUUUUUUCAGUUCAGUCCCCGAAAUGAGUUUGAACGGUAUUUAUAAUCAUGUUUAUGUUGACAACGUUAAUGAGAGUUACCUCUCAUAUUCUCUUAAUAAUCCUUCCCUUAAAUCUGGAUAUGUGAUGGAUGUUUCCGGGCAGAUUAAGCUGAUAUUGUGGUAUCAGAAGAAUCGGCUUUUGGUUUGGCAUCAACCUAUGCAGCAAUGUGAUGUGUAUGCUUAUUGUGGGGCAUUUGGUACCUGCAAUCAGAAUUCAUGUUAUUGUUUGCCCGGAUUUAAGCAAAGGUCGGAAUAUGAUUGGAGUUUGAAGGAUUAUUCGGGUGGCUGUGUGAGAGAUAUAAUUUUGAACUGUACGAGUGACAGAAAAGACAAGUUUCUGGCGAAUAAAAUUGUUAGUUUACCUCCAAAUCCACAAUCAGUGAUGGCAGGGAGUGCUCGAGAGUGUAAUUCUAUCUGCUUGAGUAAUUGCUCUUGUACAGCUUACUCUUAUGAAGACAAUGCAUGCUUGGUUUGGAAUGGGGAACUAAUGGAUUUACAACAACCCACAAAAAAUAAUAGCAGUAAAAGAACGAUCAACAUUAGACUUUCCGCCUCUGCAUCUCAGUUUUCAAAUAAUAAAAAAAGGAAAGUACUUGUAAUCGGCUCUGUUGUGGGUUCUGUUGCGGUUGUUAUGGUUCUAUUGGCCACUGUCGUGAUAUGCAUAUGUCACAGGCAUAAAUCUGGGACUACAAAAGCAGUUGAGGAAUCAUCGUUAGCAUUUAGGGACAAGGACAUGUUACAAAUUGAAACCAAAAAUUCCUCAGAUAUGUUGGAGGGAGACAACAAGAGUGGUAUCGGUGUUCCUUUCUGCAGUUGGGAAAGUAUUAUAGCUGCUACCGAGAACUUCUCAGACAUACAUAAACUUGGACGUGGGGGAUUUGGUCCUGUUUACAAGGGAAUAUUUCCCGGAGGGCAAGAAAUUGCGGUGAAAAGUGGUUAUAUGGCUCCGGAGUAUGCAUCGGAUGGACUAUUCUCUAUAAAGUCAGAUGUAUUUAGUUUUGGAGUUGUUGUACUUGAAAGAGUCACAGGAAAGAAAAACACAGGAUUUUACCAAUCCUCAGAAGACUUGAAUCUCCUGGGUUAUGUAUGGAGAUUGUGGAGUGAAAACAAGGCACUCGAUUUGGUGGACUGA